UGAAAAUAACUCGUGCAUUAAUUUCAAACAAACCUGCCUUAAUUAUUAGUCACCCCAGCUGCUCAACGACGCGUAUCUCCUUAAAACCGACAAAACUAUUCAUCGCACAUACCACGCGGACUCACUACUACGUUAGCUUGCAUUUCGGUGUUUACUGCAUCCAUAUAAACAAUAUUUACAACGUUAUUUGUACCAAGUAUAAAAAAUACAAAUGAAGAUUAAAAAGAUCGCAAGUGCUAAAGUGCUUUUUGGAUGUUUUAACACUUUGUUUCUUGUAUGUGGUUUUGCGCAAGUGAUAUGUGGAUUCCUGCUACUAUGCGACUCCCAAAGGAUCCUAUUAUCAAGACUUCUAGCGAUGCCUGAAGAAAGUCUUCCCGAACCGCCUUUUCACUAUAUCGCAUUGGCUUUGCUAGCCAGCGGCCUCACUAUAUGCUUUAUUGCUACGUUCGGCAUCUGGGCUACAUAUAUGCCUGGAUAUAUACUACUGACUAUUUAUUUUUUGGUAGUACUAUCUCUCUUACUAUGCGAGUGCGCGUGCGGUGUGGCAGCAGCGGUUUGGCCGCGCUGCGUGGGCCUGCAGAGCGCGCGGGGCGGCGCCGUACCCGCACUGCAGGCCUACUACGCGCUCCCAGACUAUGAGGAUUUCACCGCAGCUGUUGAUCUCGCGCAGACUCAAUUAAAGUGCUGCGGCAUGAGCGACGCGCGUAACUACGACAUGUCGGUGUGGCAGCUGCGGCGGCUGGGCCCGCGCGGCCUGUCGGUGCCUCUAUCUUGCUGUGUGCAGCGCGCGCCCGCCUCUUACCUCAGCCCCGCGCCGCUCAACCAGUCACGCUGUCAAGAUAUACAACCCAACCCCACAUAUAGACACGCUCCGGGUUGCUUGAGCAAACUCGAAGACUGGUAUCAAGAGCAGUACAUGGUUUUCAUGCUCGGAUUAUUUGUGAUGGCCGUCUUCAAACUCGGUCUUCUAUUGACAACCGUAUUCUCGUGUAUCCGCUUACGAAAACGCAGGAGAUACAUACGGUCUUAUAUCAUGAAGUCAACAGAUAAUAAAACAAAUGAAAAUAUCUACGAACGCAAAAUGGCGGGAAACCACGACUCACCGAUAACUACGAAAUAUAUUCAACCGAAUAAUUACUACAGCCCGAGGUUACGGAACCCGAACAUUUUCCACGGACGACCCAAUGAAGUUGUAUGAGAAUUAGCCGUGGAGAUAAAUGCAUUAGAAAUGAAGUUGGAAAAAUUCUCUAAUUUCUUAUAUAAACA